GGAAGCUUGACACUGGAGGCGCAUCUUUUCCUUCACUCAAAGGAGGUAGGAGCUGCAGCCGGAAAGGACCAUGUGGAAUAUUUUCCUGCAAACAACCUGACUCUCAAGACACGAGGAUGUCUUGGCCCGCUCUGUACACGCAGUUAGUCGGGGCUAACCGUCACUCCACCAGCUUGGGUAAAAUCUGGCUCUCGGUGCUCUUUAUUUUCCGGGUCAUGGUGCUGGUUGUUGCUGCUGAGAGCGUCUGGGGGGACGAGCAGUCUGACUUCACCUGUAACACACUACAGCCUGGUUGUGAAAACGUCUGCUACGACCAGUUCUUCCCCGUCUCCCACAUCCGUCUGUGGUGUCUUCAGCUGCUCUUCGUCUCCACACCGACGCUCUUGGUUGCGAUGUACGUGGCCUACAGGAACCAUAAAGACAAGAAGAGGCUGCUACAGGGCUCUGCCAGAGCUGGAUUUCUUGGUAACAAAAGCCAGGAGGAUGAGUUAGAGACUCUGAAGAGGCGACGACUCCCAAUAGCUGGCGCCCUCUGGUGGACAUAUGCCUUCAGCCUCGUCUUCAGGCUUCUAUUUGAAGGAGGCUUUAUGUACGCCUUGUACGUCGUAUAUGAUGGUUUCCACAUGCCGAGGCUGGUGCAGUGUGACCAGUGGCCGUGUCCUAACCUGGUGGACUGUUUCAUCUCCCGUCCCACUGAGAAAACCAUCUUCACCGUCUUCAUGGCCACCGCCUCCUCCAUCUGCAUGGUCCUAAACAUGGCCGAGCUGGCCUAUAUAGUUGCCAAAGCUGUCACUAGGCGUCUGAGUGCUCAGAAAAGGAGGAAAUCUGCAGGAAAUCCAGCCGAGAGAAGACGCAGAACAAGACAAACCAGAAGUUACUCGUAUCAACCUGACAGAGCAGCAACAAGAUGGAUGUUAAAGACAGACUUUGGGGAGACUUGAAAACACUUUAAAGCUGCAUAUUUACAAGUGGUUCACAUGUGAAUAUAAAUGUGUAAAUACAACUGAGCAUUUUCUGUGAUACCUGCUGGAAGGGGUGGAGAGGAUGGAAUCAGUGUCAACAACUUAAAACUGUAUUAUAUUCUAAUAUAGCAGAAAUGUGUCAAUGAUAAAUGAUAAGAAAAUAGCAUAAGAAAGGGAAAGAAAUGUUAACUAGCAGCUAUUCAAAUACAUUCAAGUUAAUGGAUUCACUGGAUUUAACUCCAUCAAUAAAGACUCAUCUUAUGCUUCA